CGGAAGACGAUAUUGGGUGGACCCUGGGAAAGAUGGCGGCCGCCGUGGAGGGCCCACGUGGACGUGAAGCUGCGGUGGGCGAGGAAACGGACAGCGAUUCUGAAUUAAGCUCAGGAAUUCCAGAAGACAGCUACUCUUCAGGAGGUGAAGCCCUGGAUGGUGAUGAUGAAGAUGAAACGGCAGCCCCUGGCAAUGUGGCUAAAGAGGCAACAAGCUCCAAAGCUGGCUCAAGUGCAGGCUGGGCAGAUGCCAUGGCAAAAGUGCUCAACAAGAAGAUUCCACAAAAUAAGUCUACCAUCUUGGCCAAGAAUAAAAAGCUGGAGAAGGAGAGACAAAAGUUAAAACAAGAAAGGAUGGAGAAGAGAAUGAAGCUCGACAAGAAGCGGGAGUGGGAAAUGAUGUGCCGAGUGAAGCCAGAUGUUGUCAAAGACCGAGAGACUGAAAGAAAUCUUCAGAGAAUUGCCACAAGAGGUGUUGUGCAGCUAUUUAACGCUGUCAGGACACACCAAAAAAAUGUUGAUGAGAAGGUGAAGAAAGCUGGGAGCUCCAUCAGGCAGCGUGCUAAACUGAUGUCAUCUGUGUCAAAGAAAGAUUUCAUCAGUGUUUUAAGAAACAUGGAGGGUGCGAAAGGAAGCAAGAAUCCUUCUGGAAAGGCCACAAAAAGUAAACAGGGUGAAGAGGGGCCAGAAUGGAAUAUACUGCGUGACGACUUCAUGAUGGGAGCAUCUAUGAAAGACUGGGACAAGGAAAGUGAUGCAGAGGGUGAUAAUGAACAAGGAGGUGGUCUGAAACAGGAGGAUGACAGUGACUGAAUGAAACUGAAAACCAUUCAAGAUAAUGUUUUACCUUCCUAACUUUGUUUGGAUAAAAAGUCAGCAUUCUGUGAAUGUACACCACUUGGAGGAUGUAUCUUUAUUUUCUUUUUUUAAAACACAAAGACAGACUUGCACAACUUGGGAGUGUUUUCCCCUCCAUGUCAAAUUUCUAUUUAAUAUAACUUCAUUUGCUAUACUGAAAUCCUGAAACAUUUUCCAAAACAUGUAUAAUUUUCAACAUAUUUCCAAAACAUUUUGUACAGUCAAAAUAGUGGCACCUGCCCAAUGAAAGAGAUUUUUGCCAAGGUCAUUAAAAGUUUAUACAUUAGUCAUGGCCAUUGAUGUAUUAGUGUGCCUGCAUUUCCAAAUCAGUGUUGCACUUUGAAAAGUUGUUAGCAGUUCACAAUAGAAAUGACUUACAAUAAACACAGAAAUGCCAUCACCUUGUAAAGUUAUCAAACUCCUAUAGAGUCUUUACUACUUUAUCCAGGAAAGGGUUUGUAGAUAAUAAAGAAAAGUAACCGUUAAUGUGAUAGUUCUGCUCUUGGAGCAUUAGUUUGAUUGGAGGCAACUCUGGAAACUUAAUUGUAACGAGAGACAUGAGCUUACUGAUUGG